GGGGCGGGGCACUGCGCAUGCGUGCUGCCUCUCUGUGGCCAUUCACCGCUUCGUCUUCAGGUACCUAAUUUAGCACUAAAAACCAACCCUAGACUUUUAGUCAGAGCACAUUUAUUCUGGUGGGAUUGCGUACCUGGAGAGAAAUCGUUUGUGAAAUAGACAGAAAACAGCGGCUCGCGCAGGGUGUCGUUUGCACGCGCAGCAUCCAUUCCUUUCAUCGGCAGCUAACGGCUCCUGCUAAGCUAGCGUUAGCCAACAGUGUCUGAGGAAUCCUCAAAAUGUCGGGAUACCAAGGAAAGAAGAACAUUCCACGAAUUACGAGUGAUCGCCUCCUUGUCAAAGGUGCAAAGAUUGUCAAUGAUGAUCAGUCAUUCCUGGCUGAUAUCUAUAUGGAGGAUGGAGUCAUCAAACAAAUAGGAGACAACCUGAUUGUUCCUGGGGGUGUUAAGAUUAUAGAGGCCCAUGGUAGAAUGGUGAUGCCUGGAGGUAUUGAUGUGCACACCCGAUUUCAAAUGCCAGAUCGAGGCAUGGUUUCAGCAGAUGACUACUACCAGGGAACACGGGCAGCUCUGGCUGGAGGGACGACCAUGAUCAUUGACCAUGUGGUGCCUGAGCCUGGUGCCAGUCUAGUAAGUGCUUUCAAGCAGUGGAGAGAGUGGGCUGAUAGCAAGUCCUGCUGUGACUAUUCUCUGCAUGUGGACAUCACUGAGUGGAACAAAGGCACUCAAGAAGAGAUGGAAAUGCUAGUGAAAGACCACGGGGUCAACUCUUUCCUGGUCUAUUUGGCUUAUAAGGAUGUUUUCCAACUUUCUGACUCUCAGAUCUAUGAGGUGUUCAGUGUCAUCCGAGACCUUGGAGCUGUUGCCCAGGUACAUGCUGAGAAUGGAGACAUCAUUGCCGAGGAGCAGAGACGCAUUCUAGAGUUGGGUAUCACUGGCCCUGAGGGUCAUGUCCUCAGCCGACCAGAAGAGGUGGAGGCUGAGGCAGUCAACCGCUCUAUCACCAUAGCCAAUCAGACGAACUGUCCCCUCUACAUUACCAAGGUGAUGAGUAAGAGUGCAGCUGAUGUCAUUGCUCUUGCCAGGAAAAAGGGUGCUGUGGUUUAUGGAGAGCCUAUAUCUGCCAGCCUGGGUACAGAUGGUACUCAUUACUGGAGCAAGAACUGGGCCAAGGCAGCAGCCUAUGUGACUUCUCCACCCCUUAGUCCUGAUCCCACUACACCUGAUUAUCUCAACUCUCUGUUAUCAUGUGGGGACUUGCAGGUGACCGGUAGUGCUCAUUGCACUUUCCAGACUUCUCAACGGGCGGCCGGCAAAGAUAACUUCACUCAAAUCCCGGAGGGCACCAAUGGCACUGAGGAGAGGAUGUCCCUCAUCUGGGACAAAUGUGUGGUGACUGGAAAAAUGGAUGAGAACCAGUUUGUAGCAGUGACCAGCACAAAUGCUGCCAAAAUCUUUAACCUUUAUCCUCGUAAAGGCCGCAUUUCUGUGGGCUCUGAUGCUGACCUGGUGCUGUGGGACCCAGAUAUCACCAAGAUUAUCUCCGCCAAGAAUCACAACCUGGCUGUGGAGUAUAACAUCUUUGAGGGCACAGAAGUACGUGGAGGUCCAUCAGUGGUGAUCAGUCAGGGCAAGAUUGUGUUAGAAGAUGGCAGCCUUCAUACCACAGAGGGCUGCGGGCGUUACAUCAGCCGUAAACCAUUUCCAGACAACGUGUACAAGAGGAUAAAGGCUCGCAGUCGGCUGACAGAGUUACGUGGAGUCCCCAGGGGUCAGUAUGAUGGGCCAGUGUGCGAGGUGACUCUGACUCCAAAGGUGAUGUCCACGGUCUCUUCUGGGAAGGCCUCCCCUGUCAAGCAGCAGCAGCAGUACAUUCAGCAGCCGGUGCGCAACCUUCAUCAGUCUGGCUUCAGCCUCUCUGGCGCCCAAAUCGAUGACAAUGUUCCUCGUCGUACCACUCAACGCAUCGUGGCACCACCUGGAGGAAAAGCCAAUAUCACCAGCCUUGGCUAAGUGGGUAUCUCAGCUGAGCCCGGAUGCAAGGCAUCAUGGGACCAGAUGUCACUGUCACUGCACAUCUGGUCCCCUGCACGCCACACUGACACACUCCACCCGUUCUUAUCCACACACCACUGUGUCACCUCAUGCAAAGAACAGCACUCUCCUAGUUUCUCCGUCCCUUCAGGCGCACCUCAUUGGAAUGGCCGGUGAAUUAAAUGUCAUUUUCGCUGUUGUUAAGAUUGGUCAUGUUUGGUAUGCAUUGUGAAACACCA